GUUUAACUUGUGAUGCUGCAACAUGCGAGGAUAUUCAAAGGCUGUAAAGUUAGGGAGAUUGUGAUAAUCAAAUCUGGCAAUUUAAAUAAAAUAACAUCUACACUCGAUUGUGCCAUCAGUUUCACUGUAGUACCUUGCACACAAAAUGAACAUAAAAAGAUGCUGGUGAUACUUGUAUGUACGAUGCAACUAUAAAAAUUCACAUAUUGUAAUAUCAAAGUUGAUACUAAAUUUGAUAAUUGCACUUAUAUCAGGUGCAUUUGA